AGACACCCCUGUUGGGAAGGAGGGAGCGGUCGGCCAUCUUGAAUAGAAUGACUGAUCAGUGACCGCAGUAGUGUUCCCGAGCCGAGCUCUUUUAAUAACACGGCUUGGUAGCUACGGGUCUCGGGCUCGCUUCUCUGGCAGUCACCCAGUCACCAGAUUUCUCACCAUGGAAUGUGAAAAUUGAGAGAGAGAGCACGAGCACACACACGCCACCAUGAUUGGAGGACUUUUCAUCUACAACCACAAGGGCGAGGUUCUGAUCUCGCGCGUCUACCGCGACGACAUCGGGAGAAAUGCGGUGGAUGCGUUCCGAGUCAACGUGAUCCACGCACGGCAGCAGGUCCGCUCGCCCGUCACCAACAUUGCACGCACCAGCUUCUUCCACGUCAAGCGCUCCAACAUCUGGCUGGCUGCCGUCACCAAGCAGAAUGUCAACGCCGCCAUGGUUUUCGAGUUUCUCUACAAGAUGUGCGACGUCAUGACCGCCUACUUCGGGAAGAUCAGCGAGGAGAACAUCAAAAACAACUUUGUGUUGAUCUAUGAGUUGUUAGAUGAGAUCCUGGACUUUGGUUACCCACAAAACUCUGAGACUGGAGCACUGAAGACCUUCAUCACUCAACAGGGUAUCAAGAGCCAACAUCAUACUAAAGAAGAGCAGUCUCAGAUCACCAGUCAAGUAACUGGGCAGAUCGGAUGGAGGCGUGAGGGCAUCAAGUACCGUCGCAAUGAGCUCUUCCUGGAUGUUCUGGAGAGUGUAAACCUGCUCAUGUCGCCACAAGGCCAGGUGCUGAGCGCCCAUGUCUCGGGCCGUGUGGUUAUGAAGAGCUACCUGAGUGGAAUGCCCGAGUGCAAGUUUGGCAUGAAUGACAAAAUUGUCAUCGACAAGCAGGGCAAAGGGGGCACCACUGACGAUGCAGGCAAGAGUGAGUUGGGAGGAAGUAGCGGGAAGCAGUCUAUAGCCAUCGACGACUGCACCUUCCACCAGUGCGUGCGACUCAGCAAGUUUGACUCCGAGCGCAGCAUCAGCUUUAUCCCACCGGAUGGAGAGUAUGAGCUCAUGAGGUAUCGCACCACUAAGGACAUCAUCCUGCCGUUCCGCGUCAUUCCUCUGGUAAGAGAAGUGGGACGCACCAAGCUGGAGGUGAAGGUGGUCAUCAAGUCCAACUUUAAACCGUCACUGCUGGCUCAAAAGAUCGAGGUGCGCAUUCCCACCCCGCUCAACACUAGCGGCGUGCAGGUGAUCUGCAUGAAGGGAAAAGCCAAGUACAAGGCUAGUGAAAACGCCAUCGUGUGGAAGAUCAAGAGGAUGGCUGGUAUGAAGGAGUCACAGAUCAGUGCUGAGAUUGAGCUGCUGCCCACCAAUGACAAGAAAAAGUGGGCUCGUCCACCCAUCUCCAUGAAUUUUGAGGUGCCGUUCGCCCCGUCCGGACUCAAGGUGCGCUACUUAAAGGUUUUCGAGCCGAAGCUGAAUUACAGCGAUCACGACGUGAUCAAAUGGGUUCGCUACAUCGGCCGCAGUGGCAUCUACGAGACCCGCUGCUAACGGCGGCCCCUCCGGCUCAGACAGGCAGCGAGAGAGAGAGAGGCGGGGGGGCAGUCAAGGAGAAACAAGUCUCACUGGAGGAGGUGUGGAAGAGGCUUCUCUUCAUCUCUUUCCCUCCCUUCCCCUCCUGUUUCCCUUUUUCUGUGUUCACACUGAUGACAAAAAAAAUAAAAAUAAAAAAAUCACAAAUAAUGUCUUGUGGAGAAAACAGAAAAAGGUUCAAGGUUAAGUUUAGAUAUCUUUGAUUAUAUGAAAGAUGCAUUUUGCUUAAUUAUGCAUAUUUACCUGCUCUAAGACGAGGCCUCCUUUCCACCAGGCCCACCCAUUCUUCCUCUUUUUAAGCAUUCCAGACCCCUCACCAACCAAUUAAUGGAGGGUUUCAGCUCAUUCUCUCUGUUUAGCGAUAAGCAGUGAACCUGUGCUUCUGUUCUCAGGCCUCAUCAGCGCUUCAUUUUUCCUCUUUCUCACUAGAUCAUUUUCCGCUUGUGUGGUUGUACUUUCCACUCUGGUGUAGUCAGCUAAACUGUACGCCUUCCUUUCUUUCAUUUUUAUUCAUCAGUUUAUACCUCUCUCUUUUCUUUUUUUAUUGUUUUUUUGUUUUGUUUUUUUAAAUCCUAAUCCCCAAGUGUAUUAGUUAGCUGUUGUCCAUGUUUUGUAAGCAGUGUUUUUAUUGUAUGCAUCAAUACUCUUGCCCCAACUUAUCACUUAUCCUGUUUCAUAUUCCUCUCCGUCAGUACUUUGCCUCAGAUAUAGUUUUUCAUAUGGAUAAUAAUGAGGAAAUGUUGUCUGCUUCGGUCUCUGAUGUUUCACUUUUAAUCUGUGUGACCAAAAUUCUCAGAAAUGAGGAAAUUAUGAAUUACUAUUGCUAGAAUAAAUCCAGCUGUGUAUCUGUGUA